UUUGAAGCGCGCAAUAUGUAAUUUAAGCCAGCAAGGCAUAUAACUUUUUUGUUUUCUUUUAUCAAAACUAUAAUAUAUAUUUAAAAUAUGAGUAAAAUCUUGAAUAAAAUGCAUUCUUAUUCAUUAUUAUAAACAAAAUUGCCACAUUUCUUUGGGGCUUUUGUUAGUUUUUAAUCAAUAGUGUUCACCUUAAAUCAGCUUUUUUACCGCCCUUUCUUCAAGUUUUAGUGUAUUGCAUUUUAAAAUAUGACAACAGUAAAAUUGAAAAUCAAGAUCAAUAACAGUUAUGAAUCAGAGCCAUCAUCUGGGAGUGGGUCAUCUAUCAGUGAAGUCAUUGAGUUUGAAAAGGAUCAAAAUAUUUGUACAAAACUAAAUACUCAUUUGUUUACCAUUACAAAUAAUGCAAGUGAAGAUAAAAAUGAUUCGCUUUGUAACACCAGCAGCGAUUCGAAAUUUGGUUCUAGCCAGGAAUCAAAUUUCAAAGGUUUUACUGAAUGUGAAAUGAAAGAACGAACUUUUCCAAUUAGUAAAAUGGGCCGCAAACCAAAAACGAAGUGUUAUAAAGAAUCUAGACAAAAUCAAGACGCUGUUAAAGCUUCGCGAAAUCAACAAACAAAUUCAAGUUCUUAUGAUGAUAUAAUGAUAGAACAAAAUAGUUGCAAUGCCGUAGACAUUCAGCUAAUGAACAAAAACUAUUUUGGGAACCCGGAAAUAAAAAAGAAAUUUCCUGAUCUUCUUUCGACUGAACUGUCUUUUAAUGGAAAGAUUAAAAGUAUGACGAUAGCACCACCCGAAAUAAUUUGCCAAAAACAAACAACAUUCAAACCGCCGAAAUUGCUCAACCCUGUCCUCGAAAUGGGUGAGUCAUCAUUUUUGAAAUAUUCAAACGACAGAUCUCCUGAUCUGUUUGAAGACGAUGAGACUGAUCAAGGAGAGGCAGAUUCAGUAAUCUAUGAAAACGAAGAAAGGCUAACAGAGGAUAUAAAUAAAUCUCUUAAUUGUCCGACAGAGUCGAGUUUUGCCGAGGAAAAUGUCGAUGGCACACUUGAUGAUGCUGCAAAUUUACUUCGACAGAACAUCAAAAGAGAGAAAGAACUUUUGAAGCGAAUAAAAACUUGUUUGUCGGGUAUCCCACCGCCUCCAUCAUUAACUAUUCCUCAAUUAGAUAUGUUUUCUGCCAUUGCAAAUAAUAAGGAAGAGAUACUUAACUUUAAAACGGAAGUAGAAGAGGUAGCUUCGGUAAUUGUUUGCGAAGAAGAUGGGCUUUUUAAACCAACACAUCCUCUUGACGAAGUCUUAGAAAUGCCAUGGAAAGAUACACUUUAUGUUCGAGGACAUGGCCUGAGCUAUAAUUUAUGUAAAGCCUCAGAGAGCAUAGAACUACUCAGUUUAGCGGUAAUUGAAAGAUUUAUUGGUGCAGAAACUUCAACUUCAUAUACUUCUAAUAACUCAAGCUCUCCUUCAAGUGCUAAAAAGCGAAACUUGAGACAAAAAAUGCUAACACAAACAUCGGGCUACAAUAGGCUUAGUCACUUGGCAAAACGUCGUGCUGCAUUUUCAUCCGCAAAUCUGGCUACCAAUUUGCUUAAGCCACAAAGCUGUUUCUUGGGUGGAAUGCAAAUCUUAUUAGAUAAAAAAAAGGGGAAAAGUCGUCGAAAGGGAACUACACCUAAGAGAAUGACACCCUCAAGCAAAAAGAAAGCAGGUCGAAAAACUCCUUCUUCAUCUGCUAGAAAGCGUCUUGUAUUUCGAUUCGAUCCUGCGAAACCUGGUCCUUCUAGAGAAACAUCAAAACGAGCACUUUUCCAAAGUCCGGCCAAACAACAAAGAACCCAAGCUGCAGCACUUAAAUUAUCUCUGAAACCAGAAAUAGCAACUCGAGUGGAGAAAUCUAAGCGAGCUUUAUUUUCGCCAGACAAACCGCCCCAAGGGUCAAUAAAUCUUAAUGAAUUUGGUAGUCUAAGUCAAACUUCACAAUCGAGUCUGUUUGGAGGAAACCUAGACUUUCUAUCACUCAAACGAAAACGCACCGAAGAUGAUGAGGCCACACAUAAUAGUAAAAAGAUAUUCCGUCAUGAAAACGAAAGCUUGACUCCGCGUUCACUCAAAAUAAAAAGCCAAAGUUUUUGUAUUGGGGCAGGCUCCACAAAUGCUAUAAGCAACAGUAAGGAUAUGCUGCGAAGCAACAACAACAACAACCCUUCAAUUAUUCCAUUAUCGAAAAAUAGUAGUGGACGGCCAAUAACUAAAGCUUUUUCAGAUACAACUUUUCAUAGUUCUAAUCUAUUAACAGAAAACCAUAGAAAGAAAUUGUUGUGGGCAGUUUCACAAGCCUUGCAGUCAAAACAAAUCAACGUAGCACAUGCUAGUUUUAAACAAUUCGCCUCGGUCUUAGCCCGAGUUGUUAAAAGGAUAUUUCAAGAGUAUUUCCUGAAAACCAAUACCAGCACCAGUGAUACAAUGCUAAGAUUGGCAAAGAAAUAUGUUUGCGAUGUAAUUUUUGGAAAGAGUGCCGAUGAGAUAUAUAUUUUUGCUAAGUCCAAAAUAGAAGAAGAAAAGAAGGUGUCUUCGGUGAGAUUAUCGGGAUACAUUGCACCUGAUGAAUUUGAAACCCGUAAAUUAGUCUUAAAUCAAAGCAGUCUGUGCAGUUUUGAAAACUCAAUGGACUCUACAUUUGUGUUAAGUCAAAAUUCAUCAGUAUCCGUAUCCCAACCCGCCCAUAACAUCAAAAAUCUUGAUGAUGUAUUGAUUAAAUCAAAAAGUGCAAUUAGAUUAGCUAUACAGCCGAAUGCUAGCUUGCAAAAGAGUUCUUCUAAAAACAAUAUCGAUGGGAUACCUCUCAGGGAGAAUUUGGAUUGCGAGCAACGUUGGUCAGAUCAAAAGAAAUUUACUGGAGUUGAUCAACAAAACGUCAGCCCCUAUUCGAGUUCAAAAGUCAGAUCGGCCAGCCAAACAUUAUCUUUUCGAAGCAGUUUGUAUGAUCUUAGCACCAGUACUGCCAAAGCUAAAAGGCAAAUUUCAUUUGACACCCUAUAACCGCAUUUUGUUAAAUAAAUAAAAGAUAAUUCAAAAUUAAA